UUCGAGUUGCUGUGCGAGUGUGUGGGGGACCGAUCGAAAUGAGAUGAUUUGGAUUUAUGUGUGUUGGUUACGGAUUAUGGCGUAGAAAGUGUGGAUUGAUUUUAGUUUUUACAUUUUGUAAUUUUUGUUUUCUUAUAUGACGCAAAUCUUAUCAGAUUUAAGCAUUUAAUGUAUAGGAUACCAACCCAAAGAUAGUUUUUGUACGUGUGAUGUGUGUUGUGGCUACUACUUGGUAGCCUCAGUUUUCUUUGUUUUGAGAAACAUAUGCCUAUUAUCUAAGAUUUUAGUCGUAAUUAGCGUGGAUAGUUCUGAAAAAUGGGUUCUAAUAUGGAUCGUGAUGGUGCAGUACCCUCUAGCAGUAAGGGAAGAAGUCACUCGGCUCAAGGUCUACCCAGUACUAUUUCUAGUCCAGCUAUGAAAAUACCUUUACCUCCGCGCUUAUGGAUUACAGACAUCGAAGAUGAAGAUUCAUCAGACGAAAUAGGAGGAAGUACUAGAGAUGAUUACUUAACAAGUGUCGAACGUCCCCGUGUCAGGUCUAGAUUUCGUCAUCACAAGCCUAGACAACAGAAUAAGGUGCCUGUUGGAAUAUUUUGGGAUAUUGAAAACUGCCAGGUACCCCGUGGCUGUUCUGCGAUAGAUGUGGCUAAGGCUAUUCGUGCCAAGUUCCUAGUUGAAGGGCGUCUUGAAGGAGAAUUCAUUGUUGUUUGUGAUGCACGAAAAGAAGCGCAAUUUAGACUGCAAGAGCUCAAUGAUGCUCAGGUAAACCUCUUUCAUGUGUGUGGCUCACAGAAGAAUGCAGCCGAUGAGAAGUUGAGACAAUGCAUGCGAAAGUUUAUUGAACUCUAUGGGCCAGCUGUUAUAGUUUUGAUCUCUGGUGAUAUUAACUUUGCCGCUGACUUGAGUGACUUUAGAUAUAGGAAAGGUAUGGAAGUGAUAUUGGUGCAUAAACAGAACACAUCAUCUGCCUUAAUUGCGUGUGCCUCGUCCCAUUACUCUUUCAAUGAUUUGACUGCCAAUCUGCCAAGGAAUUCAAAGGUGUACGCAGCGGAAGAUAAGGCGAUAGAUGAAACGAAGUGCGAGAUGGAAGUGGUGAAUCUGCCAACCGAUCACCCGCCGGAGCGCAUUUCGCGGCGCCUGCGCCGGUUGGCGGACAACUGCGGAGGGAAAGUGUUGGGGGUGACAGCCUCCACUGCCAUGCUAAGGUUCCCCACCCCUGACCACGCUUUGAGAGCUAUGAAGCGUAUGGACGGUGAAGACGUGUUUGGUCGCAAGAUCAGUACGCGUUACGUCCGCAGCGUGUACGAACAACCGCAGCCGACGUACUCGAGUGACGAGGGCUACGGCACGGCCACCACCGCGCCGGCGCCCUCGCGCAGCGUGUACGCGCCGCCGCCGCAGGCUAAACCGACACCUCGUCUUGCGCUAAUGCCGAGCACGUCGAGCGGCCCGAGCGCGUCUGGCGACUGGUCGCUGGCGCUGCAAGGGCUGCCCGUGGCAGUGCCGCCUCCGCUCGACUUCUGCCCGCCGCCCGCGCCCAAACCGAGGAAGAUUAGGGGCACGCAUGGGUCGGUGAAUCUGGACCGAUCCGGGUGUUCGUCUACCAACAGCGCCGAGGAGAACCGCCAACGCGACACCAGCCAGAGUCGGGCUAUAUCCCCGUGGAACUCGUCCACUUUUAGUGAGCAGAGCGAAGGCGACUGCGAGUCCACUGCCGAGCUCACUGUGGCUAAUUUACCGCCCUACGAGCCUCAAGUGCUGCAGGAAAUGCUGUCGCAACUGUUCAACCAAUACGUGCCCGUGGUCCGCGUAUCAGUCUGGGCGGCCGGCGAGGGUCCCCUAGCGACCGUAGUGCUUCGCUCCGAGUGGGACGCUCGCCUCGCCAUCGCUCGUGUCCACAAGCGCCGCCUGGACAACCAAUGGACCGGCCGCAGGCUCGAACUGUCCCUCGGCAGGCCGUCACCGACCCCCAAUCUAGACGUUCUACGAGCUAGGCUACGCGCCAUCCUUCUAGACCAGAAGAACUACAUGCUUCCGCUAUUACGUCUCCGUGACGCCUACGCUAGCCGUCACUGUUGCGCUCUCACCACCUCAGACAUCGCUAAAGUGAAAGACACUGUUAUUAUUCACGAGGGAUUCGGACGCAUGGUCCAACUGAUCGAUUUGACUCCCGUAACCAACACUGAGGUCGAGGAAGCCCCGUGGAAGUGCCAUAUCCACGCCGCCUUGAACACUGGGCACGAAGACGGAAGCCGCAUACUGCAACCGGUGUACAUGGAAAUCUCUUUGUUGGCUAAGAAUACUCAGAUGCUGUUGGAGAAACAUUGCGGCAUCUUGCCUUUGUUGAGCUUCGUAGAAUGCUACGAGUCCAUGUUCCCGCCUCUAAUGCCGGACCCGCACCACGGGGUCGCGCUAGAGCUGCUCCUGCGCAGCGUGCCCGGGAUCGAGGUCCGGGACAGCCCCUCCCGCCAUCUCACUUGGAAGACUGAAGGCACCGAGACUCCGCCCACGCAUAGCAAUCACAGUGAGAGCUCCCGCUCAAGCGGCGACCGUGACAGGCCGCGCACAGCGCCCGCCCUGGAGCCGAUGCUGGCCUUGUUCGAGAGAGAGCUCAUCGACCUGCUGCGCACAGCGCCGCGCUGCUCCAUACCGUUUAGCAAGCUUAUCCCAGCUUUCCAUCACCAUUUCGGCCGGCAGUGCCGAGUGGCCGAUUAUGGAUUCACGAAGCUUCCCGACUUGCUCGCGGCUCUGAGCAACACUAUUGUGGUGCUAGGCUCCGGCUCAUCCCGCAUCAUCACCAUAUCGGCAGCCGCCCAAAGCCGCCGCUGGACUUCUGAUCUCGUUAAACUGCUAAAAGCCCAGCCCGGCCGCUCCAUUUCACCAACGGACAUUCCCCAACUGUUCCACGCCACAUUCGGACGGACUUUCUCUCCGGUGGACUACGGAGUUUGCACGUUGAACGAGCUCAUGUUGCGAGUGACGCCGCAAGCGGUUGCUGUCGCCUCGGAUGGGACCCUCUCUCUGCCGAGGCGCACUCCUACACCUGAGGAGAGAGCUCGCACUGUCCAGUUUGCUGAGCAGGCGGUCGAACUCCUCUGCUACUCACCGAACCUACGCAUGGAAUUCUCCCGUUUUGUGCCAGCUUACCACGCUCAUUUCGGCCGCCAGUUGCGCGUAGCCCACUACGGCUGCGUGAAGCUCGUCGAGUUAUUCGAACUCAUUCCUGAAUCCGUCGCCGUCAUGAUUGAGGCUAGCGGAGAAAGGAGCGUAAGGCUGGCCACUCGAACGGCGAAGCAAGUUAUGGCGCAGAGACUCAGGAUCCUCGGUCCUUUGCCAGUGGCCACUUUUGCGGCGCAGUACGCGGCGCAGUUUGGAGCUCCGCCACUGCCGGACAUCCUCGAAAUGCCCACCGUGGAGGCCCUCAUCUACGCAGCUGGGGGCUGCAUCGAAGGCGGGAUAGUGACCGGCCCAGGCGAGUCUCCCCGCUGGUGCUCCUCUGCCUUAGCCGCUUGCUCAGUCCUAUCAUCAGACCGAAGCGUAGCCCGGGGCUCCACAGACGACUAUUUCAUCAGCGCCUUCCGUCGCCUCCGCGGUUCAGACCCAGAUAUUAAAAACUUGGCCGCAGCUGGGAUCAUCAUUGUGGCGGACAAAUACAUCCGCAUCACGCCCGCUUGGCGCAUAGUGUGGCGCGUAGCCCAAAUCCUCGGGGAGACUGGCCCUAUUACGUCUAUGGAGAUGUACGCGGAAUACUCGAGCAGAUUCGGGUCUGUGUUCCCGGCUGCUGAGUUGGGCCUGGACGGCAUAGGCGACUUCUUGCGUCAGUACCGCGAGAUUUUCUACGACGCCGCCGGCGGCCGCUGGGGGCUUUGCCCCGGCGUCGUUGUGCCGCGCUGCCGCGAGUUGCCCGCGCCAGAGGACUACUCGGUGCACGACACGCCCCCGGGACAGAAGGGAUCAAGGGUGUUCGAGUCACCUAAGAACAAUAUUUGGUGCUCGCCUCCGGCCAGCGCUCUGCCGGCGCCCACCGCUCUGCUCUCGCAAGAGAAACGUCGCACUCGCCUGGCCGCGCAUUUCGAUGCACAAUAACCGUUACAUUCACCAUUCCCUAUGCUACUAAGCGAAGAUGCAUUCCUUUCCAAACAUUUACUCUAAUGAAGUGAAGAUUGCAUGUGUUCGUAUGAUGAAUGGAAGCUAUCAAAGGAUUGUUCCCAGGGUCGAAACGAAUUUUAUUACAUAGACUAAUAAAAGUGUCCUGAAAAUUGUGAUGUCUCUAACAAUAAUGUUUUAGAUGGCGUAUAUUUUUGUGUGUUUAUUUAGGUUAAGAGAGUAAUGUUCAGAGCAUUCGAAAAGUGUUAUGGAGUGUUGUUGAUACGUCUCGAAGGCCGCGAUACUCGGAGGCUUGACGUGAUCGAAUCACAGUCCUCGUCGCAUAAACCCCGGCGUAGAUCGUAACGAUAUAUUACCAUAACAACGUGUAUGAUACCUAUAUAUUUUAUUAGUACUUAAUUUCUAUUUAUGUUCUAGUCUUUCCCUACCCAAUCAGUUUAUAAUCUACUUUAGAUUGAUUGGGAUUCAUGGUUGUAUAUAGCUUAAAAUUUGAUCAAUCUUUAUUUUAUCUUUUGACAUUUUUAUUUAUUAUUUAUAAGGUUAAAUAUGUGCAAAGAAGGACUGAAACAUAAUACUUUAGAAAUUGGAUAAAAUUCCAGAAAUGGUAUGUAUUUAUUUGUUGUUUAAUUUCUUUGUGUUAUGAAAUUAUAUCAAUUAUGAUGUUUAUAAUGUGAUUAAAGUUUAUGUUUACCUAUGUUUUUGCAACGAUAACAUAAUAUACAUAUCAUCUUUAUGGAUCGAGGCUCAAAGUUACUUUAGGAUUUAGUAUAAGUUUACAAAAUUAAACAUAUAGUUAUCAUAUUAUCACUUCAAAUAACAUUUUUCGAAUGACACAUAAAGUACAAUAAAUCAACAUGUUGAUUUUUGUCUAUAAAUUUUAUCCUUUGAUAUAUUGAUCUCGAUCUAAAUGUGCAUGCAAUUUUGGCUUACCUUGGUUUAUUUAAAUAAAAUAUAUUUAGUGGUUGUUGUUAUAAGUAUAAUAGAAGUAUUAAUUUGUCUGUCCUAGAGUAUCUCUUUCGAAUUUAUGUACUUUUAGAUAACAUUUACAUUAUAUAAAUGUUUCAAUAUGUAUGUUUUGGAGAUCACUCAGCACCUUGCUACACGAACCAUUCAAACUGGCCUUAAUAUCAAAUACUGUAACCAUAAUGUUGAGUCAAUUAUAGGACGUUCAAAUCUUUUAUAAAGAUAUAACCUGUAGAUAUAGGUUGUGUUGUGUUGCUUUGAAAGAUUUAUGCUUGUGCCUAAAGUGCAAUGAUUUUAAUUUAUUUGCGUAAAAUUUCGAAGUUCCACAUUGAUAAGCAACUGUGCUCUUAGCAUGGUAAUUAAUAAUUGAACGUUUUAAUACCAGUCCACAAUAAGUCGGACUAUAAAAUGUAACUACUUAAAAUUUAAAUCUACUUUUGCCGUUAUUAUUUUAGGAAAAUCAUUUUAAUGUAUACUAUAAAAAUUGCGUCAUAUUUUAAUAAGUCAUCUGAUUAAUGUAAGGUUUAAGAAAAUCCUAUAUUAGUUAAGGGUUUUUGCUAAUGGAAUUGGAAUAGGAUGAUAUUAUUUUACCUUAAAACUAUAUAGCAAUGUACAGCGGUAUAGUUUACUAUCUUAUUUACGUUCCAUUAGCAAGUAGGUCGCAUAAACAUCGGUCGGUCUAAAAUUUGUUCAAAAUGACAUCCGAUUUAUGCUGACUUAGUAUUGUUACACACCGAUAUUUCAAAAUGUAUAUUAUCAAAUAUAUUCUCGACAUUGUCAACAUUUGGAAGUAUGGUCACCGAAUUACCUCCGUUAAAUCUAUUUUUCUAUCAAGAAUUCCUAUUGUAAUUAGAUACAAUUGUAUCAACAUACAAAGAGUGACUGAUUUCCCAGUGUUAAUUGUACUACAUGGUGUUGCGUAAAGUUGAGAAUUAAUACAAAAAUGUUAGUAAAUAUCAGGUGUAAAAAUGUUUUUUUAUUUGUUAUAUUUUUCAAAUAUUUUUUUCUUAUUUAAGUAUAUUAACGUAAAUAUUUACGGUAUUGCCAAAUUUUAUAAAUAUUAAACUAAAUUCAUAUGGGGCAAUCAUUCGAAUCAUUUUUGUAGAAGAAAUUGAAAUUGAAACGAUUUAUUUUAGUAUUGUAAGUAUAUCAAUAUAAUUACAUUUAUGGUUCAUUUAUAUAUUUAAAAUUAACAGAAACUUGCACCAAUGCAUUGUUACUGUGAUAAAUACGUACCAAUGAAUGCCAUCUUUAUCCAGUAAUUUUUAGUGUUGAUAAUUGAAUUUAAACAAUCAAAAAGUACAGUAUGUGGGGCUAAGAAAUAAUUUGUUUAUUUAUGUAUAUAGUGUACAUAUUACAAUUUAAUUAAAAAAUUGGUACAAAAUGGAACUCAGCCAGCAGAUCUUUGUAAUAUUACAUAAUAAUGAGCGUUAUUAAUGUGGAACGCCGAUAUUUUAAACCUGUUUAGAAAGUUGAAUUAAUGUAAUAUUAAUUUUAUAUUUAGGCAGGACCUUUUUGUUGGUCGUGGAAUGUAUUGUUUCAAUGCAAUUUAUUUAUGGUUUAUUGUAUGAUUGUUAACACUGCCAGAAUGCAUUUUUGAAUAAAAUCCGUUUCUCAAUUGGCCAAUACGUGUUUGUAGUAGUUGCUACUAGAGGUAAAGCUGCACCAAGUUGCUGAAAGGUCUAACGUUAGUAACAUAAAAUAAUGAAAUGUUUUUUCAAAGCUAAAUGUGUCAAAAAGACGCAGUAGAAGGCUUUAUGUGUUUUCGUAUUAGGCUUUACCUAAUACGAGUCUUGAAUGGAUUAUUCAAGUACACACACAGAUCUUUCAGAAACUAGGUAAGUAAGUAUAUAAUUUUAAAAACUGUUUUAUUUAAUGACCGGUACUAAAUAUUCUGUAAAAUGUAAGUUCUUAAAUGUAAUUGCUUUAACAUAACAGCAAUCUGUCCAUAUUUUGGAAAUAAAAAUUGUUAUAAUAUGAAUUGAACAAUUGAAUUUCUUAAGACUGUAGCAGAUACAUUUAAGUACUCGUAAACGAAUGCUGUUUUUACUUUUAUGUGACCAAUUGCAAGUUUUAAAUUUUAUCAUUAAGACUAGAUACUUAAGAAUU